UCUCGAGAGCUUGAGCAUUCAAUAUCAAUAUGUUGCGUCGGGUUCGCAUCGGAGAAUUUUAAAGACAACUACUUGGAAUCUUCAUACAUUCACGAGUGUCCGAUUAUAACAUGUCCAUAUCAAUUGCAAAGGAAAAACCAAAAGUGUCAACGUCUUAAAACAAGUUCAGAUGCAAGGUGAACUAUAGUAUUAUAAGCCAAGCUUCAAGAGAGAAAAAGACAGUGAGAGAGAGACAGAACGUCAGUUCAGCCUACAAAAAUUUAAAAAAAAAAGCCAUAACUGAUUGCUCUCAACGGAAGCGGCACGCGAUAAAAAUUUUAAAUACAUUUGCAAAAGUUUCGCUAAAAUCUGUUAUAACCUUUUAUUCUGCUGGGCAAUGAUGAAGUGCUUUCAACUAAUAUUUGUGAUUAUACUCAGCUUCUGCUGGGAUUUGGCUAUAUCCAAAAGCUACUCCACUGAAUAUAUUGAUCUGCUUGACUUAAGCGACAAUGAUGAGUUCCAGUGGGGUGCCGAUGAGAACAAGUUAUAUAGCCAAGCUAAUGGCAAUAAUGACAGUGAGAUAUACGGUAUAUCCAAUUUUCUAUCACGCCAUCGUCUAAACAAGCGACAGGCACCGGCUGAAACCCCCUUGCUGGAAAACAAGGACUACGGUGCGUGUCGUACACCGCUUGGAGAUGCCGGAAGAUGCCGUCACAUUAUUUACUGUCGUAUGCCGGAGUUGAAAAAUGAUGUUUGGCGUUUGGUCUCCCAGUUGUGCAUUAUUGAGAAAAGUUCCAUUGGGAUUUGCUGCACGGAACAGUCAAGUAGCUCACGCUUCAGUCCCCAGGUAAUUAGCAGCUCCGAUGCGGAGACACCGCGUAUUGUAAAUCGGCCGGAGCAACGGGGUUGUGGAAUUACAACCCGACAAUUCCCUAGGAUAACUGGCGGUCGUCCAGCGGAGCCCGACGAAUGGCCCUGGAUGGCGGCAUUGCUGCGGGAGGGUCACUCCUAUGUCUGGUGCGGUGGUGUGCUCAUUACAGACCGCCAUGUGCUAACGGCGGCUCAUUGCCUGGAGAAGGUCAAAAAGCAUGAGAUAUUUGUGCGCCUUGGAGAGUACAAUACCCAUCAAUUAAAUGAGACGCGAGCUCGUGACUUCCGCAUUGGUAGCAUGGUUCUCCAUGUGGACUAUGAUUCAAGCACCUAUGAGAAUGAUAUAGCACUCAUACGCAUCGAGAGGCCGACGUUGUUCAACAGCUACAUAUGGCCGGUUUGCAUGCCGCCGGUGAAUGAGGACUGGACGGGACGCAGUGCCAUUGUUAUGGGUUGGGGCACCCAAACAUUCAAUGGACCACAUUCUAAGAUUCUAAUGGAGGCCAAUUUGCCCAUAUGGAAGCAAUCCGAUUGCGAGGCUUCCAUGGUGGAGCGCAUACCGAACACGGCCAUAUGUGCUGGAUUGCCAGAGGGUGGCCAGGACAGUUGCCAGGGCGACAGCGGUGGGCCGCUGCUGGUGCAGUUGCCCAAUCAGCGUUGGGUCACGAUUGGCAUCGUUUCCUGGGGCAUUCGUUGCGGUGAACAGGGUCGACCAGGCAUCUACACACGCGUCGAUCGCUAUCUGGACUGGAUUUUAAGUAAUGCAGACAUAUAAAAUGCACAAAUAUCGACAUUCAAUUUACUUUGCAUUAACUCAACAAAUGCUUUGAUCUAAAUACAUAUACCUAACAUAUAUAUAUAUACU